CGAGCGGCGCCGCAGCCAAUGGGCGGCUCCUCUCCGGAAGGACGCAGGGAUCCGGGAGAAGCCGAGCGGCAGCGUUCGAGUGUCGGUGAAGUGGAUCACGGAUUCCCCGUGAAAAGCCCAUUCCUCAAGAUGCCCAACAAGACCAAGAAGGACAAGGAGGCGACAAAAUCGGCCAAAAGCAGCACCAAGAGCAGCAAGGAUGUUGGCUCUGAAAUCUCAGACGAGGCCCAGCAGCAGCAGAGUGGCAGUAAGCGCCCCGGUACCUCCACACCGCCCCCCACCCAGCUCAACAAGAUCAAAUACUCUGGAGGUCCGCAGAUCGUCAAGAAGGAGCGACGGCAGAGCAGCUCCCGGUUCAGCCUCUCCAAGAACCGCGAGCUGCACAAACUACCCGCCCUCAAAGACGCGCCGCUGGUGGACCGCGAGGAGCUGUUUGUCCAGAAGCUGCGUCAGUGCUGCGUCCUGUUCGACUUUGUGAGCGACCCGCUCAGCGACCUCAAGUUCAAGGAGGUCAAGCGGGCGGGGCUUAACGAGAUGGUGGAGUACAUCACGCACAACAGCGACGUGGUCACCGAGAGCAUCUACCCCGAGGGCGUCUUCAUGUUCUCCAUCAACCUGUUCCGGACCCUGCCCCCCUCCUCCAACCCCACCGGGGCCGAGUUCGACCCGGAGGAGGACGAGCCCACCCUGGAGGCCGCCUGGCCCCACCUGCAGCUGGUCUAUGAGUUCUUCCUGCGGUUUCUGGAGUCUCCAGACUUCCAGCCCAACGUUGCCAAAAAAUACAUUGACCAGAAGUUUGUUAUGUCGCUGCUGGAGCUGUUUGACAGCGAGGACCCCCGGGAGAGAGACUUCCUGAAGACCAUCCUCCAUCGCAUCUACGGGAAGUUCCUGGGCCUGAGGGCCUACGUCCGCCGGCAGAUCAACAACAUCUUCUACAGGUUCAUCUACGAGACCGAACACCACAACGGGAUCGCAGAGCUUCUGGAGAUCCUGGGGAGUAUCAUCAAUGGUUUUGCUCUCCCUCUGAAAGAGGAGCAUAAGAUGUUCCUGAUCCGCGUUCUGCUCCCGCUCCACAAGGUCAAGUCGCUCAGCGUGUACCACCCCCAGCUGGCCUACUGCGUGGUCCAGUUCCUGGAGAAGGACAGCAGCCUAACAGAGCCCGUGAUCAUUGGCCUGCUGAAGUUCUGGCCUAAGACCCACAGUCCUAAGGAGGUGAUGUUCCUCAACGAGCUGGAGGAGAUCCUGGACGUCAUCGAGCCCUCAGAGUUCCUCAAGGUCCAGGAGCCGCUCUUCAGACAGCUGGCCAAGUGUGUGUCCAGCCCUCACUUCCAGGUGGCUGAGCGGGCUCUGUACUACUGGAACAACGAGUACAUCAUGAGUCUGAUCAGCGACAACGCGGCCAAGAUCCUCCCCAUCAUGUUCCCCGCGCUCUACAAGAACUCCAAGAGCCACUGGAACAAGACCAUCCAUGGUCUGAUAUACAACGCCCUGAAGCUCUUCAUGGAGAUGAACCAGAAACUGUUUGAUGACUGCACCCAGCAGUACAAGGCUGAGAAACAGAGGGAGAAGUACAAGCUGAAGGAGAGAGAAGAUAUCUGGAGCAAGAUCGAGCUGUUAGCCCGCCAAAACCCCCAGAGCAACAGGCUCCACCCCCUUCGCCCGGGGCUCCACCCCCAGGAAGAGUGCAUGGUGUACAGUGAGGGCAGCAUCCCUCUGUUCUCCAUGGAGACGGAGACUCCGACCGCCGAGGAUAUCCAGCUGCUGAAGAGGACGGUGGAGAGUGAAGCUACACAGGGCAUGAAGGACAUGAGGAAGGAGAAGGUCCUGACGAGGAGGAAGUCGGAGCUGCCGCAGGACGUCUACACCAUCAAGGCCCUGGAGGCGCACAAGAGGGCCGAGGAGUACCUCACAGCCAAUCAGGAGGCCCUCUGACGCCAAGGAGGCGGGCCCACCUGAGCGUGACUCCGCCCACCGCUCUCCCGGGGGAAGGGGCAUCGCGGUGAGGUUGCCCCGGGAGACGCUAGGCCAGGAACAGUGCGCUCGCUGGGCUCCACCCCCGACAGGAAGCUUCACGGAAAACUUCACUGCGCUGCCCGCCUCUCUACAUCCUCAGCCAAUCAGUCGCCUUCUCUCUUCAGCUAGCCAAUCAUCUCUCUGCCUUCGAAAGAACCCUGCCCCCCUGCCUCCCGCUCCACAACC